CUUCCCACCUCCCCCUCAGCCUCCCCGCCUCUCGCCUCGUCUUCCCCGGACUGCAGCAGACAGAGAGAACCGCUGCAUCGACAAGAAGACAAGGGACAAGAAGGAACCUUGGCGCGAUGUCCGCUGCUUCUGCCGCUGUGUAGAGGAGGACACCGGGGGAAGGAGCCUUCAGACUCACCGAGCUCAGCAUGACGGAUCUGCUCCUCUCCUACAGACUGCUGAUGCUCUCCUCUACUGAGCUCUGACAGGACUGAGCAUCUCUCCCCAUUUGAGCUCAACUGUCUCCAUUUCAGCACUGUCUGGCUACCCCCACCCAAUGGAAUCAGACAUCAUUACUUAAUCAUUAGUAUCCUGGCAGAUCUAUUAAACUGCCCUAAGUCCUUCUCUGUCUGGGGAUAGAAGACCAGAAGAAAGAUAAAAAACAGUAACUGACACUUGUUGGAGUAAAAGCUCAUUAGAGUUGAAUUAAGAGAUUUUAGUGCCAGCCAUCCCCGUGCCAAGAUGGAUGAAACGCACAACAACAGGACUUCCUUGGUCAAAGGUGCCAAGGACAUCGCUAAAGAAACCAAGAGGCAUGCUGCCAAAAAUUUCAGCAAAGCUGUCGAUCGUGCCUCGGAUGAAUAUUCAGCCCAUCGCAGCUACAAUCGUUUCCAGAACGAGGAUGAAGAAGAGAACAACUACAAUACUUACACUCAGCAAGACGGUCAAUAUGCUGACAAUGCAGCCAAUGAUGAGGACGGAGCCUCUAGUGAUGCCACGGAGGGACACGACGAUGAAGAUGAGAUCUAUGAGGGGGAGUACCAAGGUGUGCCCGCCUACAAUAAUGGCAAGCCACGGGAGGGUCAGGUGGCUCUCGGCCAGCCGGUUUCCGACAGCCAAAAGAGCCGUAAGGAGCUGGAAAACGAGAGACAGGCAGAUGAGGAGGAGCUGGCCCAACAGUACGAGCUAAUCAUGCAGGAGUGUGGCCAUGGGAGAUUCCAGUGGCAGCUGUUCUUCGUACUCGGGCUGGCGCUAAUGUCAGACGGCGUGGAGGUGUUCGUAGUGGGCUUCGUCCUGCCUAGUGCUGAGACAGACAUGUGUGUCCCCAACUCUGGUGCCGGAUGGCUUGGUAGCAUUGUGUAUCUGGGGAUGAUGUUUGGAGCCUUUUUUUGGGGCGGCCUGUCGGACAAGGUGGGCCGUAAACAGUGCCUGCUGAUAUCCCUGUCCGUCAACGGCUUCUUCGCCUUCCUCUCGUCCUUCGUUCAAGGCUACAGCAUGUUCCUCCUCUGCCGCAUGGUCUCUGGCUUUGGGAUCGGUGGUGCUGUUCCAAUAGUAUUCUCGUACUUUGCGGAGGUGUUGGCUCGGGAGAAGAGAGGAGAGCAUCUGAGCUGGCUCUGCAUGUUCUGGAUGAUCGGAGGAAUUUAUGCCUCAGCCAUGGCCUGGGCCAUCAUCCCACACUAUGGCUGGAGCUUCAGCAUGGGUUCAGCCUACCAGUUCCACAGCUGGAGAGUGUUUGUGGUGGUGUGUGCACUACCGUGUGUCUCUGCAGUGGUCGCUCUUACUUUUAUGCCUGAGAGCCCCCGCUUCUUCCUGGAGAUGGGUAAACAUGACGAGGCCUGGAUGGUGCUCAAACACAUCCAUGACACCAACAUGCGCGCCCGCGGAGAACCAGAGAGAGUCUUCACUGUGAACAGGAUAAAAAUCCCCAAACAGUUGGACGAGCUGGUGGAGAUGCAGAAUGAGUCAGCCAACCCUGUGUUCAAGGUCCUCUUCAAGAUCAAGGCCGAGCUCAGAGGGAUCUGGUUGACUUUUAUGAGAUGCUUCAACUACCCAGUGAGAGACAACACCAUUAAACUGGCUGCAGUCUGGUUCACUCUGUCUUUUGGGUACUACGGGCUGUCUGUGUGGUUCCCGGAUGUCAUCAAGCACCUUCAGGCCGAUGAGUACGCCUCCAGAGUGAAGGUUCACAACAACGAACGCAUUGAAGACUUCACCUUCAACUUCACACUGGAAAACCAGAUCCAAAGGAACUCUGUUUUUCUAAAUGACAGGUUUAUCAGUAUGAAGUUCAAGGCGGUCACAUUCAUCGACUCAUCUUUCCUCAACUGCUAUUUUGAGGAUGUCUCCUCUGUAGGAUCCUUCUUCAAGAACUGCACCUUUAUCGACUCCUUCUUUUACAACACGGAUAUUGACGAUGCCAAACUAACAAACUCACGGGUGAUCAACAGCUCCUUCCACCACAACAAGACAGGGUGUCAGAUGACCUUUGAGGACGAUUACAGCGCCUACUGGGUCUACUUCGUCAACUUCCUGGGAACUCUGGCUGUUCUGCCUGGAAACAUCGUCUCUGCUCUCCUCAUGGAUAAAAUAGGGCGCCUCAGCAUGUUAGGAGGCUCCAUGGUGCUGUCAGGCAUCAGCUGCUUCUUCCUGUGGUUCGGAACCAGCGAGUCGAUGAUGAUCUUCAUGCUCUGUCUGUACAACGGCCUCAGCAUCUCUGCCUGGAACUCCCUGGAUGUGGUCACCGCUGAGCUGUACCCAACAGACAGGAGGGGCACAGGCUUCGGCUUCUGUAAUGCCAUGUGUAAGCUGGCAGCAGUGCUGGGCAACCUGAUCUUUGGCUCACUGGUUGGCAUCACCAAGGCGAUCCCCAUCCUGCUGGCAUCGUCCGUGUUGGUUGGCGGUGGCCUGGUGGGGCUGCGACUGCCAGACACACGCGCCAAUGUCCUCAUGUAAACCUCAACGCAGAACAAUAUGUUGUUUACCAGGUUUUUCACUCGGUGUACUGAAUCAUUUGUUAACGCUCUGCAGUAAAGUUUGAUUUGAAUUUCAGUAAAACAAGAGUAGCUGUGAUCAUCUUUGUAGUUAUCAUUUGACAAAUAAUGUUACUCUGUUCACAAUCUCAACUAUUUCUGAGUGAAACACCUGGUCGACUGGGAUAAUCAGAUGCAGUUUAUCUUUACAGAGAGCUGUGGAUAUGAAGAGAUUGAAGACACUAGUCAAAAAUCUGUGUGGUGUCAGAGGCUGGUUACCAAAGCCCCGUGGUUUCUUCCAGAGAUUCUGGAUGAAAGAGUUAAUCUGAGGAAACCGGCUAGAAUAAUUAGUGUCUCUUAAAACUCUGCAUAUCAGCAGCUCUGUAUCCACCAUGGGCUGCUUCACACUCGCAACCAACAAACACAUGUGUCUAAGCGGCAAAGGGCUUGGACCUCUAACACAGACCCUCCUUCAAAUCCCACUUUACUCAGAUUAAAGGAAUAGUUCGACAUUUUGGGAAAUAUGCAUUUUGAAAACUAGAGUAGCACAAAGAUUGGAGAUAAAGGUAACAGCUAGUCUGGCUCUGUCUGGAGAAAACACACCCAAAGCUCAACCUUUAACACAUUCAUGGUAUAUGUUCUGUUAUUUAUGUAGCACUUUUCUGCUUUAGGGCACGGUCACACAUAUGCAAAUGUAGGCGAAUGUCGUAGGUCAAAGUUCACCAAAGUGGAACUCCAUUCAAAGCCCAAAGCCAUUUGCCUCGCCACUGGAGGCUGAUUUUAUUUUUCCCUCUCAGUGAACUGGAGACGAAGGUUUGCAGCUGCUUCCUCAUAUGUGUGACCUUAUGAUACAGUUUUCACCUAUAUUCACACACACACAAACAAGCACACAAUUAUACAGUGCAUCUCUACCACACAUCAGUCACACAAAGCACUGGCACAGUCAUCAGGGGCAAGUAUCUUGCCCAAGACACUUCGGCAUUCAAAAUGGCUGAGACUGGGAUCGGGCCGAGGGCGUACUUAGUGUACGACCCGCUCUACCUCCCACUACUGCCCCAUAAUCCUUACAUCCCAAAAACUCGACACGUAUGUUUUUACACUUCGUGAGCCUCAGAGGUGCUGAUGGGUGGAUUUGGUUUUCUUUGGAAAGGUCCAGGCUACUUGUUUCCCUUUGCUCCCAGUCUUUAUGCUAAGCUAAGCUAACUGGAUAAUGUUUGACAAUGGUAUCAUUCUUCACUUCUAGCUCAGCACGAAAGUGAAUAACUGUGUACAGUUCAACAAAAUGCUGAACAAUACCUUCAAGUACAAAUCAUUGUGAAGCACCCGAGUAUUUAUGAUUAUGGUUAUUUAUUUCCAUAGAUAUUCCUGUAGUAUUUUACGUGUGUUAUUUAUUGCUUUACCAGUUUUUGAAACUGCGAUCAGUAUUCCACGAACAGUUGAUGAUGUUCAAGCCUUUUGCCGCAAUGUGCAAGAAUGAAAAGGCCAUAGAAAAAAAAAUACAGUAAUGAUGUAGUAAUUUAGUCGGAACCUUCUGCAGCUACAUUUCUAAAGUGAAAAGAAGUUUACAUUUUCUGCUUUUUACAGUAAGAGACUUUUGGGAUUGGAAACCUUUUGUCUGAAUGCUUCCUCUCUCCUUCUCUCGUGUCUGUGUUGUGUUCGUCUCGUGGCGCUGAGCUCACCAUGAAGGGCUUUGCUCUCCGUUGUAAUCUGAUCUGUCAAGAAGAAUUUAUACCGUAGGAAACCUCUGCUGUUAUAAAAACCUGCUCUUCUCCUUGUGUUUUCUUCCUCUUAAUGCGUCUCACUGUCAUGGUUUCUUCAUUGUGUCUCUGGACCCGUCCCGUCUUCCUGUCCUCUCUCUUUACCUCCUUCUGCCUUGCUGCUGCUGCUCCCUCCAAAACUCGAAGGCCUUUCUCAAAUGUCGUGCCUCUCUCUUUCUCCAUUGAGCUCGUCUCUCCUUCCAAACCUUGCUGGAAGCUUUGCUGCUCUGCCCUGCUUUUUCGGUCCCUCAUUUAUUGAUACUGCAAUUUGUGAGUGUGUGUAUGAGUGUGUUUUCAGACGAACCGUUAUUAGACGCAGUGAGCAUUGCUUAUGUUGAAAAAGUUUUUCGUGUUCUUUUCUUUACCAAAUAAAUGAGUUUGUUAACAUAAUCAAGCGAAAUUAAAAGCCAUGCAUAAAGGGUCGGUUCACCCAAAUUGAAAAUAAAAAUAAAAAUGCACUACCUACGCAGGAUUUGUUGGAUUUGUGCUGAGGUUUUAGCAAUCAGUGCAAUGGAGGUGAAUACAAACGUUUGUUCUGCUUUUAACAUUGAAAAACGACCUGUAAAGAAGAGGAAGGCCGAGUUCAGGCCGAGCUCUGUCCUGCAUAAAUCAAUUUCACUUGAAUGGAUCAUUGCAGAGCUAAAUGCUAACACCAGCACGCUCACACACUCGCAGUGGCCAUGAAAACAGGUUUAACAUUACAGCUGAGACAGAUGUGUUUCAUCAUAAAUCAAUGUACUGGACAAAUUCAAAUUUUGACUAAAUAAUGGUGUUAUAUUUAAAAAAAUUAAAAUAUGUUCUUACCAAGAAUGUCUUUCAUGGCAAACCAGUUAUUGAGAUAUUAUUUUCUCUGGAUAAUUCACCCAACUUUGAAAACAGCAGUUUUAAGGACUAUUUUGUUGGUUUAAAAAUGUUUCUGGAGAGACCUGUUAUUGUGAGCGCACCACAUAAUGGCCCAUUCAGAUAGAAAUCCUCAAGAGGGAUAUCAGUGCACAUAAAAUGAAAUCUAUCUGCAUGGCUAGAUAUCUGUAUAUAUGUUUUUUUUUGUGAUUUGGGUGAACAGGCCUUUUAAAACCUCUUGUGACUGGUACUCUAUCUGCUACAGUGUGAGUGCAUUAAUUUUAAAAUACAUCAUUUGUAAAAUAAAUUCCUGUAAUAUCUCUUCUAGGUUCGUUCAAGCGUACAAAGGAUUGGUUAAUACAAGAGUACUGUUUCAUUCAGAUGGGUUUUUUGAUGAUGAGGAUUACUGUCAAUAUACUGUAUGUUCUGUUCCUAUAUCAGAUUUCUUACUCUUUACAUUUAACAUUCCAUUAGUUUCUGACUGAAAUGCCACUCUAUGGAAAGUAAAUCUGGUUUCCUGAUGAGUAUGUCUGAUGCUUUAUCCGUCUGCUGGUCUGCACUGUGCCCUCCUCCGAACACCACCAGCUGUGCUGAACAAACUCACUAUACUUCACUGUUUCCACCAAGAAAUCCUGCAUGUUUGUUACUGAAGUCCCCCCUGUUGUGUGUGCUCUUUCUGUUUCGUUGUCUUCACUGUUCCUCCGCUGGAGGAAGCAGACGUGCGAUUCCCGGGGUCAAAGGUGAAUGUAUCAUUGGUGCGUGUUGUCAGAUUUGUUGUGGACAGGCGUUCAUUAUAAUCAAGUUGAAUAUGAGGUGAAAGGGGCGUGCCAGUGGUGAGAUGAUAUAGCAGGGGUGGUCAAAUCUGUUUCCAGUUGGAUUGAUCGUUACAGACGCUGUGACUUUCAGAUUUGAAAACCUCUGCUGUCAAACAAAAUGUGGAGGUGUGUGUAAAAAAGAAUUACCUGUCCUUGAUAUGAUUUAUUUUGAUAAGAAAAGGUGCAAGAGAAUGCGAUGUUAAGGUGGAUUCCUCUGGUGUCUCCAUAUUGAAUAAACAGUUUCAU